CUGGCAAAAUGGCACCGCCCCUUCAAAACGAAAACAAGAAGUGACCUCCUGACUGCUCCCGGAUUCUGUUGAACUUAAUGUUUUAAAUGUCGCCAUAGACCAAAAUGGCGGAUUUAUUUGAGAAGAAGACUUCGGCGAGGGUGUCUUUGGAUGACACGCAGCUUUUAACAUGUGUGAUAGAGACUGCUCAGAAAAAUGGCGACCAUAUCGAGUACAUUCUCCGAGUUCAGAGGGGGCCAUUGAAGGAGAACUCCUGGCAGGUGAUGAAACGCUACAGUGACUUUGAUAAUCUUGAGUCUCAACUUCGUCAGUCCAACAUAGAACUUCCUCUGCCACCAAAGAAAGUGUUUGGGAACUUUGAUAGGGAGUUCAUCGCUGUCCGGCAGAGAGGGCUAGAGCAAUUACUGGCGAUAUUGUUGGGGAGCCACCUCCUGUCAAGCAGCAUCACGGUGAAGAGAUUCCUCGACCCCAACAACUACCAGGCCAAUCACCUUGAGGUUGCCCUUCAACAUGUCUCGAUGAUCUUCCGCUCUGAACCCAACUGGGAUGUUGUAGAACCAUUUCCUGAUGCAGGGUGGAGGAUUCGGAAGAACUACAUCCUGGUGAAACCACUCAGUCGUCCCAAACAGAGGCAGAUGCUCACAUGGAGUGACUAUGGCCCAGACAGCACAAUAGGAGAGAAGGAACUGGCAGCAUUGAUGAAAGUGUUAACUUCCGUUCAGCACCCUUACAUACAUCCGACAAUAUUUGCAACAGCCAAUGAAAAUGGAGGAAUGCUGAUUCGUCAAUUCAGUGAAAAUGGCAGUCUAAGAGAUAUGAUUUGCAAGUGCAAGCCUAAAGGACACUUUUUAAAAAAAUAUGGAAAUCCCAAGAACUUAUUGGCUCUUAACAUGGGGACGAUAAGAACAUUUGGAAAACAGAUAUUGGAGGCUUUAAAAUUUUUACAUGACAAGGGAUUUCCUUAUGGCCACCUCCAUGCAGGCAACAUCAUCAUCAAUGGCAGCACGUGCCAGCUGCUGGAGCUGGAGAACUGGCUGCUUGGUCUGCCCUCGUAUCAUCGACCCUUCUUCACUCAGUUCAAGAAGAUCCAAACUACAGAAGCAAUAGAUGUGUACAGCUUCGGACAUCUACUGUACGAGAUGGCAUUCGGUAGACAACUCAACACAGCGUCUUGUGACAGCUUCCCUCCAGACUGCCCGGCACAGAUACGAUCUGUGCUAGAAUCAAUACUGACGACUGAGGCCUGCAAGAAUGGGCUGCCCAGUGUAUCUGACCUCAUGUCUCAUCCGCUGUUUGCUGAUGUAGCUCUGGGUGUUAUGGAGAAACCACAGCUGAAGGUUCCCAGCAAACUGAAGGAGUUUGUGCGUACAGCUCGAGACCAGUUUGAACAAAGGCUCAAAGAGGAACAAAAGCUGAUUUCCAAAGUGAAGCGCAUCUCGAAGGCAAAAGAAUUCCACAUGUCAGAGGAUGAGAAGAAGAAGAGGCGGAAAUCAAGGAAGAAAGCUCUAGAGAAUGGUGAUGCAGAACCAACAUCUCCAACAUCACCAACAUCACCAACUUCUCCAACAUCGUCGUCAUUCCCGGCUCCCACAUCACCUUCUGCAGCUAGUCCAAUGUCCACCACAGGGGCAGCACCUCCUCCUCCACCUCCUCCCCCUCCACCAUCUUCUGGUGCUCCUCCCCCUCCCCCACCCCCAGCUCCUGCUCCCCCACCCCCCUCCAGUGCCCCGCCACCAGCGGCAUCAGGAGGGCGUGGCGCGCUACUCAGCUCCAUCUCUGGCUUCAGCAAGGGUGGGUUGAAGAAGACGAAAACCUCAGACAAAAGCAAACCUAGAUUGUGAUUGGCCAAUCAGCAGUGUCAAUUGUGAUCAUCCAGUCAGGUGUCAUGCUGUAGUUGUGAUCAGCCAAUGAGAUGGCAGCUUGGUUGUGAUCAGCCAAUCAGAAGAAAGAUAUAAAAUAUGACAGUUUGUGCCAAUACUCAUCAUUUUUCAGAAUGUAUUAGUGUAUAGAUUGUUGAAUAUGUUUUACAGUUUUAGUGCUUUCAUUUUGUUGUUGAGUUCCGAAACAUUUUGGAAGAUGUUGCAUCUGUGAUGGCAAAGAACAAAUCAUGUCCAUGAAUUAAUCAGAAUUAUAAUGAAGAGAACAUAUAUGAUAACAUAAAUUCAUCUAUGUAAAAAAACAGUUAUGUGAACUGUAUUCGCUGUAAUAAGAGUCCCAGGCGCUUACAAUAUUGGGGGGGGGGGGGGGGGCAUAUUCAAACAAUGCACACAUUUGUAAUUUGUAAUGAAACUGCAUUAGACCUCCUGUAGAUCCAUUUCGAUAAUAGUCACAGGGCAAAAUUUAGGCUGUUGUUUUCAUAUUUGCAAUAUACACACUAAAAUACAGACUGAUAUGUAAAUUGUCAGUGUGACUAGGGUGAAAGUAUAAAGAUUACUUACAGAUUGGUCUGGAAGUUGGUCAGAGGCGCUUAAUUUCAGUAAUUGUUUUUCAUUUAUUGAAUGGAUCAUCCUGCAAUAGCGUCUAAUUUGAUUCCAUGAGCACCAACACAGAAAUCAUUUUAGAAUUUAAAAAAUAUAUUGAUGUCAUCUGGUGUGAUGUAAAGAAUGAUUAGUUUUAUGAUUGUUCUUCACUGAAAUAUAAAUCUGAUUAAAAUACUGAAAUCAAUUACCAGUACUACAAAAUUUUGCAUCUCAAGAAUUUUGUUCAGUCUGUUAAGCCAUGUUGGUUUUUUUUGUGAUGGAUUUAAAAUUGAAAUUCAGUGAACACAAUGGUGAAGACUUAGUAAAUGAGAUUUGAUUGGUUGUUGUUUUUAAAUGUAGAUUGGAACCCUCAGUUUAGAGGUGUCGGGGAGACAUAUAAUAUACUGAAUGAAUUCCCAAAUAUCAUGAAAAUACAAUCAUUUGAAACACACCUCCAAUCGUGUGUUGUCCUUACUCUACCAAUGGUGAUAUCCUUCAGAUUGGAAAAUCUUAUAUAAAUGUACCAUUUAUCAUGUGAUGCCAUGAAAUGUGAAAAAAAUGUUUCUUAUCUUCAUUGAAGAAAGGGUGUGGAUGACCCAGUGAUCUAAGGAACUGUGAUUUGAUGUGCAGAGUUGUGUCCCUUCACCCUUCCAGUAUCCGAUGACUGUGGGUUCAAAUUCAAUGUUAGCCUGCUUAUUAUUCUUGGUUUGUCAACACCAUACUCGUGGUCAUGGGUUUCAACAUAAUAGUAUAUGUAAAGAGUGACUCUAUAUUAUUGUGCUUUCUAUUUUAUCACGGUAUUGGUAAAUCUCGUAAUCCACACACCCUGUCGAAUGUUUACUUUACCAAACCUAAGCAUGAUAUUUCAUAGCUUUAUUGAAUACAGGAUCCAUUUGUUUGGACGAAGUCCCUUGACCCAACCUAGAUCGUAUGCAUACUUAUUAUGCAUAAUCCAAAACAGGAAGUGAUGUAAAGCACAUAUUCCACAUGUAGCCAUACUACGAUAAUAGAGUUGCCCACCCUUGAAUCACCAAUGACAGGUACUUUGUUAACCAAACUCAAUAUCAAAAUCAAUCCUCAUUGAUGUGCCAUAAAAGUUGAACAAAUAAGAAGAAACGUUGUUUUUUUAUGACAUAUUUAGUAGGUUAGUAAGUGUGCGCCAUUACGAUCUAUUUUUUAAUUACCGGUAACUACCCGAUAAUAUAGCGUACCAUAUAUUAUGACAUCCGUAACCCACUUAUUUAUAACAGCGAACAGGCUAUGUCUGUGUUAUUUAAUGGUUCCAUUAAUGUCAAUAUUGUCUCACUUCAGUGGAAGAGUUGUCUUUUAUUGCCUAAGCUAACAAGUUUGAAUUAGUUUUCUACCUAUUGAAAAAUAGAGGAGAAAAAUGCCUGGUGACCUAUAAUAUUGAAGAAUUAACAGAUGAGGAACCGUUUAUUUCUUAUGGCCAUAUCACUAUGAUGUUGUCUACUAGUGAUAACAUUCCCAGGAUUUGGAGGAUCAAAUAUUGAUAUAACCCUGUGAUGUGUCCAUGUGAGUCUGCUCAUCUGUGUGUGUUGGCGUUACUGUGUUGUUCAUGUGAAUAUACUGAUGGAAAUUCAUAAGGGAACACUAAGUUUUAGACACUGUAAAAUUAUAUGCUAUCAAGGAUUCCCAAUCUUGUCUACCAAAUACGCGUUUAACAAUGCACACAAACACAUCUCAAUAUUUGAUUGUGAUGUGAUGAAUUUGUAUGCACGCUAUUUCAAAUUUACUGUCAGUAAGGCUUAUUUUCAAAUUUGUUUCAUUGUUCUUUCACCGAAGUUCGAAACGUCUUCGGGUUUUCCUCCAACAUUAAGCUGACACAAUAUGAUAUAACUGGAAUACUGUUAAAAGCAGCGUUAAACCCAACUCACUCACUCACUCACUGUUUCAUUGUUCCCGUAGGGGGUGCGGA